AUGCUCUACUACUACUACUUGGAGUACAUCUGCAGGGCAUAUUUCCAACUAGUCCUGCUCGUUAGAGCUGAGCAUUUGAACCUGGAAGAAAUUCUUGGCAAUCUGUGCAUUACGCUGAUUUACACCGUUUCUAUGAUACGUCUACGGGCUUUCGACACGCAACAGAUUAAAACCCUUUUUUCCACCAUCGUCGACGCUGAAAAGCUGAUUUUGCAGGAUCCCGAUCCAGAAGUGAGAAAGAUCUACCUCGCCGUCGUGCGUCGCAACAAAGUUUCGCAUUUCGUCUUCUUUAUCUGCGGCUGGAUGGUUUCUUUUCUCUACUUCCUCCAUCCAUUCUUCAUGGAACUGCCUACCAUGAAAGUUAACAACGAAACGAUCACCCUGAAAACGCUGCCGCUGUCCACUUGGUGGCCGAUUGAUGUCCAAAAGCAUUACUGGACUGCGUACUGUUGGAACGUAUUCGAUGGCACCUUAGGCAGUUCCUUUGUAAUCGACUCAGACAUGCUGGCGUUCAGUCUUGUGGUCUUUGCGGUUUGUCGGCUGGAUAUUCUGAGCUAUCGGCUACAGCGCUUGCAGCUGGCCGGAGGCCAGACAUCUCAACAGGUCAAUUGGGAGAUCUUCAGAAACUUAAUUGUACAACAUCAGGAAAUCAUCGCGUAUGUUGAUACUUUUAACGACGGGAUGAAGUACGUUAUGCUCUUUGAUUUCCUUCAAUGUUCGGUGCAGCUUGCCACGAUCACUUUGCAGCUUUUAGUGAUGAAAAUCAACUUUCAAAAUGUGCUGUUUGUUGGAGUGUUUUUGAUUACAAUGGUUAUGCGUUUGGUUAUCUACUACUUCAAUGGCAACGAGAUCAUUUACAAGGUGAAAUAUUGCAGCCAGCAACUCGCUAUAGACAUUUGGAUGACCGACUGGUACAAGCAAAGCCACAAUGUUAAGCACAUGCUUUUGUUUUUCUCCAUUCGCGCCCAACGGCCCUUGAAGUUCCUCAUUGGGCCAUUUGGCGUUUUGUCUUUGGAAACUUUCAUUACAAUUAUUAAAGCUACGUACUCUUACAUGAUGUUGUUUGUCAACACCAGCAAAUGA